CCACGUACAAUGGCCACACUGCUAUGCCCACCGUCACUCUCUUUUCUCUUGUCCAGCAAUCUGCACUCCUAUCUUUUCCCAAUUCUCUCUCUAACUUUUUGAGCUUCAAGCACUCAUAAUAUUUCAUCAAAAGCUGGAAAUUAUAAUGGAUGCUUUUCUGUUAUCUUUGUUGUUUCUCUUCGCCAUCACUGGCCAUUCGGAGGCUGCUUAUUGCGUUUGCAAUGAAGGAUUGAGUACUGAUGCUUAUCAGAAGAAUAUAGAUUACGCCUGUGGAGCUGGAGCAGAUUGUAAUCCAAUAACGCAAAAUGGCCCUUGUUAUAACCCAAAUACUGUCAAAGAUCACUGCAACUAUGCAGUGAAUAGCUAUUUCCAGAGGAAGGGACAAAACCCUCAGAGCUGUAGUUUCUCAAACACUGCCACAGUAUCUCAAUCUGCACCUUCUUCCUCAAAUUCUGGAUGUGUGUAUCCAUCUAGUUCCAGCAACGCCAGCACAAGCCCAUCCACUACCCCGCCUACUGGAACCACCCCGAGUACCGGAACCACCCCGACUACCGGAGGACCUCCAACCAUGGGAGGCACCCCCACUGGUGGCACCCCCUCCACUAUGGUUCCAGGCACUACUACUACAGGAUCUCCAGGUUUGGGUCUCGGACCAACUGGAAGUGGCUUCACCAACACAGACAGCAGUGCCGCUAGUGUCACACUGGUUCAAGGAUCUACUUUAUUUAUGUCCAUCUCCCUAACCUUCUUCAUUUCAGGCUUGAUGAACCUAAUGGCGUAAUAGAUUUGAAGGGUGGUCAAGAUUUCAAAGCGUUUUAAUGUAUGGAUGAUAUUUUAUUAGUAGGGUUGUCAUGGUUAGGCAUAUUAUGGGAAUUUCAUCUUGGCACGACACCCUCCUUUCUCUUGUGGAAAAGGUAUGGGGAAUUUGAUUCCCUUUUGAGAGGAGAUGUGGAGGGCCCGUCAACUCGUCUAGAAUUUUCCCAUGUAUAUCUAGAUGGAGAGACCAUAUUUUUUAUUUUUAAGUAGAUUUUACUAGCCCCUGUCUGGUAUGCUGAUUUAUCAGACUCUCUCUACUUUUGGCAAUGGAAAGAAAUGGGAGCUUAUAAAAGUGCAUCUAAAAACCAAUUAUGAAGAACAAA